CCCUCUCGGGCGGCCUCUGCAGCAGCACAUCUGGCCUCAUUUGCUGCACGGCGAGCAAUGGAUCUCAGAGGAAGAGCCUUUCCCGGGGUCUACAGACUUCGAGUUCUCCUGAUGCUGUUCCAUACAAUGGCUCGAAUCAUGGCAGAACAAGAAGUGGAAAAUCUCUCAGGCCUUUCCACUAACCCUGAAAAAGAUAUAUUUGUGGUGCGGGAAAAUGGGACGACGUGUCUCAUGGCCGAGUUCGCAGCCAAGUUUAUUGUCCCUUAUGAUGUGUGGGCCAGCAAUUAUGUCGAUCUGAUCACGGAACAGGCCGAUAUCUCACUGACCCGGGGAGCUGAGGUGAAGGGCCGCUGUGGCCACAACGAGUCGGAGCUGCAGGUGUUCUGGGUGGAUCGCGCUUAUGCGCUCAAAAUGCUCUUUGUAAAGGAAAGUCACAACGCGUCUAAGGGCCCCGAGGCGACGUGGAGGUUGAGCAAGGUCCAGUUUGUCUACGACUCCUCGGAGAAGACCCAUUUUAAAGACGCGGUCAGUGCUGGGAAGCACACGGCCAACUCCCAUCGCCUUUCUGCCUUGGUCACCCCAGCUGGGAAGUCCUAUGAGUGUCAAGCUCAGCAAUCCAUUUCACUAGCCUCCAGUGAUCCACAGAAGACAGUCACCAUGAUUCUGUCUGCGGUCCACAUCCAGCCUUUUGACAUCAUCUCUGAUUUUGUCUUCAGUGAAGAGCAUAAGUGUCCAGUGGAUGAGCGGGAGCAGUUGGAGGAAACCUUGCCCCUGAUUUUGGGGCUCAUCUUAGGCCUCGUCAUUGUGGUAACACUGGCGAUUUACCACAUCCACCACAAAAUGACGGCCAACCAGGUGCAGAUCCCUAGGGAUCGAUCCCAAUAUAAGCACAUGGGCUAGGGACCAUUAGGCAGGCAGCCCCUGAGACCCCUCCCCCAGCCGGGUCAGGUAGAGAAACAAAAGCACUUUUCCACCUUGUACAUGGGAUACACCAACAUAGCUACAAUGCAACAGGCCUGGGUGUCCAAGGCUUGCUUGGCCUGCGUCCAUGCUUAAACCCAGGGUUGGGGGGGGAUUCUUUUGGAUUCUUGGGGUGAAUGGCAUAUAUUCUCUCCACACUGGGGAAUGAGGAGGGAGGGGUCAGCCAGCUUUCAUGCUUGUGGUGGCUUGGCUUUGACUCUCCAAGGAGGAAAUACAUACAACUCAGAGGAGUAUCUGGCUCCGACGUUUAGGGAUUGAAAGACACGUCUUUUGGAACGACACCCCUUUAGGUUCAGAGAAGUAGGGGGUGCUUUGCUCCCUUGGCCUACCUUAUACAGUUGUCAGUGCACACAAACCACAGCCUCGUGCUCCCUACGGCAAGACCCCUGAAAGUGAUCCAUGCUUCUGGCUGGCAUUCUGCAUGUCUAGUGAUUGUCUUGGGAAUGUUUCACUGCUACCUGCACCCAGUGACUUUGCAGCACAGAACCCGUUUAAUGUAACUAUGCAGAGUUGUUUGGACUUCCUAGUAUGUCAGGUCCAAGUAAGGGGACCUGGAGAAUCAAUCAUGUGAGUUUGUUUUUCAAAAUGAAUUAAAACACUCUACUGUCUAACAUUUGGCUGCUUUCUUGAAACAAGAAAACAACACUAAAAUGGUUUCUUUGGCACCCAGAAGAGAGGGGAAUGGUGAAGAUGGGCUUUCAUUUCUGCAAGAGGAAAGCAAAGAAAGGGCAGGGAAGCCAAAAGAGG